CAAACCAACCAACAAUCCCCAUUUCCCUAAAAUUUCAGUUGUUAGGGCGACUUAUACGUCAGUUCUUUCAUCCACACCGUCCAUCUGAUCUCCACAGGGUGGAGAGAUUAUAUUUCUGAUCUGUAGUGCCAAUUCCCUGAAACAAAACCCUCCUCCCUCCUUAUAAAGACUGAAGAGAGCAGGUUUGCAGACAAAGACCCACCAAAAUAGGAGUGGAAAGGAACAGAAAUAAUAUUGUGUGUACUGAAGAUUUGGGCAAGAAAAAUGUAUGUAGAGAGUGAUGGUGACUGUUUUGAUCCCAGUGUGGGAGUGGGAGAGGGUGGGGGAGUGGUGGUGCUAGGUGCAGAAGAUGAUGGGUUUCCUCAGAACCCUAGCUUUCCCUUGGAGGAAGAAGAAGAAGGGCACCCUUAUCAUCAUCAUCACCAUAACUCUUCUGAGGCUGCUGCCAUGGAGAUGGAGAUGGAGCUUCAGCAGCAGCUGAAUCUUGAGAUGGAACAGUGCUAUAAUGAUAAUAAUGGGAACAAUGGUCAUCAUCAUCAUCAGGGUGAUCCUCACUUCAUGCAGAAAUUGGGGCAUGAGAAUCAAGGGCUUUCAAAUUGGGAAGAAUUAGGGUUUUCUCAUCAGCCACAGAGCUUUCAAAUUCCCAUGCCUGAAACCCCAUGCCCACCAGCACCAGACCUACUUAACAUGUUCCCUUUGCCAAGAUGCUCACCAUCUUCUCUUCUCCCAAACCCAUCUUUUUCCUCAACUUUCUUGACUUCUUUAGGCCUAUUUGGGGACCUCCCAUCAUCAGCAGCAGAUGGUGCAUCUCCUUCAACUGUGGUGUGUGACCCUUCUUUGCUGCCUUUAAACCUCCCCCCACAGCCCCCUCUACUCAGAGAGCUCUUCCACUCCUUGCCUCAAGGUGGCUAUGGCUUUGGGGCCUCAAGGAGUAGUGGCUCCUUGUUUGGUGAGGUGGAUGAGAGAGAGGUGAAUGGUGCUUUCUACCAAACUGUGGAUGGCUGCAGGGAUUUUGAAAAUGGGGUUUUUGAGUUGACUGGGGAUAUGAAUGUCUUGGCUAAGAAUAGGGAUGGCAAAGGCACCAAACACUUUGCCACUGAGAGACAAAGGAGAGUCCAUUUGAAUGACAAGUAUGAAGCUUUAAAGAAAUUGGUUCCCAACCCAUCAAAGAAUGAUAGAGCCUCAGUUGUGCAUGAUGCAAUUGGGUACAUAAAUGAGCUGAAGAGGACAGUGGGUGAGCUAAAGAUUCUGGUGGAGAAGAAGAGGUGCAGCAGGGAGAGAAUGAAGAGACACAAAACAGAAGGGUGCAGCUCCAUGAUGGAUGGUGGAGAUCUGAAAUCUGUGGAGGAUGUGGACCAAUCCUACAGUGGAACCACACUGAGAAGUUCUUGGCUUCAGAGGAAAUCCAAGAACACUGAGGUUGAUGUUCGCAUAAUCGACGAUGAAGUCACUGUCAAACUUGUCCAGCAGAAGAGGAUCAACUGCCUCCUCUUUGUCUCCAAGGCUCUUGAUGAACUCCAGCUUGAUCUCCACCAUGUUGCUGGAGGCCUCAUUGGUGAUUACUAUAGCUUCCUCUUCAACUCCAAGAUUUGUGAAGGCUCUACAGUGUAUGCCAGUGCUAUUGCCAAUAAGCUGAUUGAAGUUGUGGACAAGCAUUAUACAGCCAUUGCACCAACCACUAGCUACUGAGAUGGAAGCCAUUCAAUGUCUGAUUGUGUAAUUACAGGAUGGUAUGUCACAAGGUGAUAAGAUAACCUCCAUCCAGGAAAGAUUGAAUGGCAACUUUCUUGAAGGGUCCUUAGAAUAACCAUUAACUCACUCAAUUUAUAUGGUAGCAAUAAUUACUGCAAAUAAAGAUAUAUGUCUGAAGUCUGAACACAAGAAUUAGUGUAGUGUAGUUUAGUGUUAUAUUAACAUAUAAUGGCUUUAGUUUGGUAGCAUGAAUGAAUGAAUGAUUGUAUGAAGGUUUUCCUUAGUGUUCAUGUGGUGGUCCAUUUGAAAUGUGAA